GUGUCCUUCCAUGUUGCAAAAUCAAUUCAAUCUUCUCUUCCCCAAAAUUAAUAUGAAAUCAGAAUGCAGUCCAUGUGCAAUUAAUCAUUGUCCAAAUUUGAUGAUUUUUGUAGAACAUAGUCGUGGUCCAAGUCCGACAUUUACGAAAUAAAAUAUGUGUGUGGCUUAGAUCAGAGAUACCUGCAAGAAAUUGCUGAGUUUUUGGCUCGUGCCCAAAAAAAAAAUAAAAAAAUACUCCUACGUAUGCACUGAUGUAGAGGCACGGUCAAAUUGCAGUGUAUUUAAACUCGUGUUUUUAUUGUUGAUAAGAAAGAAAUAGAGGCAGGCUCUGGAGUUGGUGUCUGGCAAGAUCAAAUGGAUAAGCAAGAGCAUGCUGUACUGGAGAGCCUGUUGAAGGAGGAUUAUUAUGAGAACUGCCCGGGAUGUAAGUUGGAUCGGCAGAAGGAAUUGCAGCGCGGUCUGCCCAUCAAGCAAGUCCUUAUUAUAUGGAUAAUUGUGCUUGCAACAGCUUUGACAAUAUCAUCUCUCUUUCCAUUCCUUUAUUUCAUGAUAAGGGAUUUUCAUGUUGCAAAACGAGAAGAAGAUAUCGGUUACUAUGCUGGUUAUAUAGGUUCUUCAUACAUGCUUGGAAGAGCUUUGACAUCUGUUAUCUGGGGAGCCAUUGCUGAUAAAUUUGGUCGAAAACCAGUGAUAAUUAUAGGCUGUGCCGCAGUGGUUAUUUUCAACACUCUCUUUGGACUCAGCACAAACUUUUGGAUGGCCAUCUCCAUGAGGUUUCUUCUUGGGAGUUUGAAUGGUUUAUUAGGACCAAUAAAGGCAUAUGCAUGUGAACUAGUCCGGGAAGAGCACCAAUCUUUAGGACUUUCAGCGGUUAGUACAGCAUGGGGCACAGGAUUAAUCAUUGGUCCAGCUUUAGGAGGAUUUCUUGCUCAGCCUGCAGAGAAAUUUCCUGCAAUAUUUUCGUCAAAUUCCAUAUUUGGAAGAUUCCCAUAUUUCUUGCCCUGCCUGAUUAUAUCACUCCUUGCAUUGCCUGUCGCUAUUGCUUGCUUUUGGAUCCCGGAAAGUUUGCAUACACACAACUCAGAGAAGAUAUCAUCUCAAAUUUCAUACGAUGUUCUAGAGUCUGCAUCUCCCAGGUCUACUGAUAAGGUGGACCUGAAGGAAGGAAGUGAAACAACUUCUAAAUAUAGCCUCUUCAAGAACUGGCCCCUGAUGUCAUCCAUAAUAGUGUACUGUGUUUUCUCCCUUCAUGAUAUGGCUUACACUGAGAUAUUCUCAUUAUGGGCAGUGAGUCCCAGAAGGCUUGGAGGAUUAAGUUAUUCAACUCAGGAUGUUGGUGUAGUUCUUGCAAUUUCAGGUGUUGGCCUUUUAGUCUUCCAGUCCUCUUUAUAUCCACUUGUGGAGAGAAUUAUUGGACCUAUCAUGGUCUCUCGAAUUGCAGGAAUUGUGUCAAUACCAUUACUGACAAGUUAUCACUAUAUUGGCAUGCUAUCUGGAAUUGCUCUAUCAAUAUUAUUAAAUUGUGCAUCACUGGUGAAGAAUGUUCUAUCCAUCUCCAUUGUAACGGGUUUGUUCAUAUUGCAAAAUAGGGCCGUGGAACAGCACCAAAGAGGAGCUGCAAAUGGUAUUGCCAUGACCUUGAUGUCACUUUUUAAAGCAGCAGGUCCAGCAGGAGGAGGAGCACUUUUUUCCUGGGCAGAGAAGCGUCAGGAUGCUGGCUUCCUUCCAGGAAACCAAAUUGUGUUCUUCAUCUUGAAUAUAAUUGAGGUAGUCGGAGUGUUGAUGACAUUCAAACCAUUUUUAGUGGAACGUAGACGAUGAUUAUUUUCCCUCAAGAGAGUGUUAAUCGUUGUUCUCCAUCUAUCACUAGCUGUGCCACAUGUAUUCCAUCUUCAUCAGAUUUAAUUUUCUUAGAAACAUUUGUAUACUGAAUUAAUCAGCUGUAAUUGAGAGAGAGAAUUAUACUCAUUGAUUCCUACGAGUAUAUGUAGUUCAUGGGAUUAUUCAGAAUAGCUAUGCAACAAGUGUUUGGCCA